UACAAACUGUACAUGUGGAUAGGUGUACUUUUAGGGGCUAGUGUACAUUGACUAAAAACAACCAUGCCGGGCAAAAAGAAGGCCACAACUGCCAACUUAGGUUCUCUUGUGAUUAAAGAUAGGUUCAAGGGUUCGAAUGUGAAGAAGAAAAAUGAGAAUUCGUGGAUGCACACAAGUGAACUACAAGAUGGUUAUGAUUGGGGGCGCCUCAAUUUGCAAUCGGUCACCGAGCAGAGCAAUUUGGACGAUUUUUUGGCAACAGCUGAACUCGCCGGCACAGAAUUUGCUGCAGAGAAAAUGAAUAUUAAGGUUAUCGACCCAAAUUUGCAUACAGGAUUACCAAAUAAGGAGGAGUUAGCAGAAAUCAGGGAGAAGCAUGCUAAGAAUCAAAGUCUUCUUACCAUACCCAGAAGGCCACAGUGGAAUUCAACUACGACCCCAGAUGAACUUGAGAGAAUGGAACGAGAAAGUUUCUUGAAAUGGCGGAAACAUCAUGCAGUCAUACAAGAGGAAAUGCAAAUACUAAUGACGCCGUUUGAACGCAACUUGGAAGUUUGGCGCCAGCUGUGGAGAGUAAUCGAGCGUAGUGACAUCGUUGUGCAGAUUGUUGAUGCGAGAAACCCACUCAUGUUCAGAUGUCCAGAUCUGGAGAAGUAUGUAAAGGAGGUUAACCCUCUGAAGGAAAACAUAAUUCUGGUAAAUAAAGCAGAUUUGUUGUCCAAGGUGCAGAGACAGAAAUGGAAGAAGUACUGCACUGAUCAUGGAAUACAAGUAGCCUUCUGGUCAGCUAAGGCAGAAACAGAUCGGAUUCAGAAGUUACAAUCACAAACUGAUGACAAUCAGAAAACCAGCAAAGAUGAAGAAGAUGCUGAUGAUGAGGAAGAGGAGGAGGAAGAUGUGGAACCAGCAGCGGUAACCUUAGAUAACAGAUUUGAUGGAAUAAAUGUUCAAGAAUCAUUAGAAGAAACAAGUGAAAACCAACAAACCACACAUAAUGAAACCGAAAACCAAUCAGAUUUAAUAUCAUCUGAGGCUGUUGGUUCUUCCGAUAUGAACCAAUCACAAAACAGAGAAUCAAAUCUUAGCCAGUCAUGUGAGUCUCAGAGCCAAUCAACUUUUGUCUUAGCCAGAGAGGCAACCAAUGAAAUCAACUCAAUAACUGAUUCAAAAAUUAACAGAGAAAGUCAUUCAGCAGAACCUACAUCAUCAGUACCAGUAAUUGAAAAUAAGUUAAGAGAUAUUGGUUUGAACUCGGAAAACAGAGAAGUUGUAAAUAAUCGUGGACAUGAAGGUUCUUUAACAGAGGUUGAAGAUGGUUUAGAUUCUGAGGUUCUCAAUGGUGAUCAACUAAUAGAUCUUUUCAAGACAUCUCAUACAGGUCAAAAGGUCAAGGAGGGCCAAUUAACUAUUGGAUUAGUUGGCUAUCCUAAUGUUGGUAAAAGCUCCACAAUAAAUGCUCUGCUGCAGUGCAAAAAAGUACAAGUGUCAUCAACACCUGGUAGAACAAAGCAUUUCCAGACGCUCUAUUUGGAUUCGAACCUCUUACUGUGUGACUGCCCUGGACUUGUUAUGCCUUCCUUUGUCAGUACAAAGGCCGAGAUGGUUACAAAUGGUGUACUGCCAAUUGAUCAGAUGCGGGACUUCAAGCCUGCCAUCAACCUAGUAUCGCAGGUCAUUCCACGUCGUGUGUUUGAAACAACUUAUGGAAUCACAAUCAUCAAACCCAAGGAAGGCGAGGAUCCCAAUCGGCCACCAUCAGCGAUGGAGUUGGUCAAUGCCUAUGCUUAUAUUCGUGGGUUUAUGAACACAAAAGGAAUGCCAGAUGCCCACAGAGCUUCCAGGCUUAUCUUGAAGGACUUUGUAAAUGGACGUCUCCUGUACUGCCAUCCUCCACCUGGUGUUUGUCCCGAGGACUUUGAACCUGUCAGAAGCCAUGAACCAGAUUUAAAUGAAAAGAGAUCUUUAAAGGAUAAGCAAGUCAUUGUCGUGUCUGAAGAUGGCAUCAGGCAUAAACAUCACCCUGAGAAUUCAGUAGAUACAACCUUCUUUCAACAACAGUCCCUAGCUGGGCAUUCAAAAGGCGUACAUGGGGUUAAAGACUUCUCCAGGGUCAGCAACUACACUACGCAUGCUAGCAAAGCAAAUCUCACCCCGGAAGAAAGAGCCUUGGCAAAACCCUGGAAAAAACAUGGCAACCGGAACAAGAAAGCAAAGCUGCGGAAAACUUAUGGUCACCUAGAUAUAAAAUAGUUAUUAUGGUUGGUUUUUAAAAAAAUGUAUGUAACCCCCCCCUCCCAUCUGUAUUUGUGAAGCCUAUGCCAUAAAACAUUUAUGAAUUCUGAAUAUUAUUUGUCAUCAUUGUAGGCUGACAGUAUAUUAUUUGAAACAACUGAAUUAAAGAUGCAUAGCAAGUGGUAAAAUAU